AGCAGAACCUCUGAUCGUUCACAUUGUUGUUGCUGCUACUACUGCUGCUGCUGCUGUUGCUGCUAUCAUUGGUGUUGUGAUAUUUUGGAGAUUUAGAAGAAAUAUGAGCACAUCACAACCAAAUCUGUAUUGAAUAAAAGGAGGAGCAGAGUCUGGGAAUGAGGGGGAUGGCUCGCCCAUCUCUGGGGUGAGGUUGUUGAACAACUCCUUGGUGGCAGGGCCCAUGGAGUGGACCAGAUUCACCCUGAUCGUUUCCUGAAGGCGCUGGAUGAUGUACGGCUGUCGGGUCUGCAACAGUCACCAGAGAGUCCAGCUUCAUGCCGACCACAAAGCCGGCCCCCAGCACACCACGAUGUAGAACAGGACACUUGCUGUGACAGUGCGUGUUGCACCUGGGUCUGAGGAGGCUGAGGAAGAGCAGCUCCAACGUCUUCAUUAGAUGUCAGGUAGAGGCAGCAAAACCGGUCAGACAGGUAGAGGCGGAGCAACGCCUGAAAGUACUGCGUCAUUUUCCAGAAGCGAACCUUAAAGUGUGAGAGCUGCAGUCGAGUUCUGUUUGUCUCUAAAAGAAGAUUCAUCGAGUGCAUCGGGUUCCUCUCAGCAACAGUGAGUGCAGACAUGGCUGCUGCCAGCAAUCUGCGAUCUGAAGAUCAGUUUCUGUGCUCCAUCUGUGUGGAUGUGUUCACUGAUCCAGUCAGCACACCGUGCGGACACAACUUCUGCAAGAAUUGCAUCACUCAGCACUGGGACGUAAAUGUCGUGUCUCAGUGUCCCUUGUGUACAAAGGUGUUCAAGAUGAGACCUGAGCUUCAUGUUAACACAUUGCUCUCUGAGGUGGUUGCUCAGUUGUGGUGUGAAGCUCAGCAGAAAGCCAACAGCAGCAGCUCAGAGCAACAAGCUGCCAAACCAGGAGAAGUUCCCUGUGACGUCUGCACUGGAACCAAACUGAAGGCCCUGAAGUCCUGCCUGGUGUGUCUGCUCUCCUACUGUCAGACUCACCUGGAGCCUCAUCUGACCGCUUCACGUCUGAAAAGACAUCAGCUGGUGGAGCCUGUGGAGAACCUGGAAGGCAUGAUGUGUAUGAAGCAUGAUAAACCUCUGGAGCUGUUCUGUAAAACCGACCAGACAUGUGUCUGCACACUCUGCUCUGUUUUUGACCACAAGAACCAUGAGUUUGUUCCUCUGAUAGAAGAAUAUGAAGGAAAGAAGGCAGAGCUGAGGAAGACUGAGUCUGAAAUUCAGCAGAUGAUCCAGAAGAGACGACUGAAGAUUGAGGAGAUCAAAGAGUCGGUGAAGAUGAGCAAAGAUGCUGCAGACAGAGAGAAAGCAGAAGGUGUUCAGGUCUUCACUGCUGUGAAGGAGUCUGUUGACAGAGGCCUGAACGAGCUCAUAAAGGAGAUCGAAGACAAACAGGAAACAACAGAGAAACAGGCUGAAGGUUUGAUCAAAGAUCUGGAAAAGGAAAUCUCUGAGCUGAUGAAGAGAAGCUCUGAGCUGGAGCAGCUCUCACUCUCAAAAGACCACCUCCACCUCCUCCAGAGCUUCUUGUCCACCAAAGCUGCUCCACCUACCAAGGACUGGACAAAGGUCAACAUCCACCAAACACAUGAGGGGACUGUGGUGAGAGCUGUGGCUCAGCUGGAGGAGACACUCAGGAAAGGCAUGAAGAAGAAGCUGUUUGAGGCUGAGCUGAAGAAGAUCCAGCAGCAUGCAGUGGAUGUGACUCUUGAUCCUGAUACAGCACAUGCUGCUCUCAUCCUGUCUGAUGAUGGAAAAAAAGUUCACUGUGGCGUUGUGAGCAAGAAACUUCCAGACAACCCAGAGAGAUUUUCUGACUGUGUUUGUGUUUUAGGAACUCAGAGUUUCUCUGCAGGCAGAUUUUACUUUAAGGUUCAGGUUAAAGGAAAGACUGACUGGGAUUUAGGAGUCGCCACAGAGUCCAUCAACAGGGAGGGAAAAAUCAGACUGAGACCUCAGGAUGGUUUCUGGACUGUGUGGCUGAGGAAUGGAAGUGAGUACAAAGCUCUUGAUGAUCCACGCAUUCCUCUCUGUCUUCAGUCUGCUCCGGAGAAGGUGGGGGUGUUUGUGGACUAUGAGGAGGGUCUGGUCUCCUUCUAUGAUGUAGAUGCUGCAGCUCUGAUCUACUCCUUUACUGGCUGCUCCUUCACUCAGAAACUCCACCCAUUCUUCAGUCCCAGCCUGAACAAUGAUGGUAAAAACUCUGCUCCUCUGAUCAUCUGUCCUGUCAAUCAAACUGAGUCCAUCUGAUUUUUUGAUUGAUUUCUAUUGAAGGGAACAAAUGAACACAUUCAGUGUGACUCUACAGUUUCCAUGUUUUCUCUAGAAUCUUGUGUUAGGAUAUUGCCUGAUAGUUUCUUUAAAGUAUUGACAUAAGAAUAUUUCAGCACAUUACCGACAUACUUACCAAGUACUUAAUCUGUCACCGUCCUCCAAGCAUCUCCAGCUCCGUGCAGACCAAACACAAACCCAACGUAAACCAAAUCUUAAUAUUGGCCAUUCUUUGUGAUGCUGCCACCUUAUGGUGGAAGUCUGUCACAUUAGGUGAACCUCUGCCCGCACAUUUACAAUGUACCUGCACCAGGGGUGUCCAAACUUUUUUCAAGGAAGGCCAAAUUUGACAGUGUGAAAAUGCCCGAGGGCCAACAGUCCCUGGUGACAUCAUUUAAAAUGAUAAAAGAUACAUAUAAAUAUUGUUAUUUAAUACUUAGAUUUCCAUGCAGCAAACAAACAUGAAGUAAGAAAAAAUGUAGAGCAGUAAGCUCUGAAUUUCCAGCUGAAACUUAUAACAUACAGAAACUGUAAAAUGCUGCUGUGUAAUUCUGAUAACAGGGCAACAGGUGAGCUGCUGACACUGAUGUGAAGGGCACACAGGUACACAGGGCAGGUGUGGAGAUGUGCAUGAAAUAUCAUGUAGGCGGAGUCACUCAGUCUUGAUCUCAAAUGGUUCUUGUUUAAGUUCAGAAACGUGGAGCCAAAACAAGCCGAACAUUUUCUUUGUUCGUCUCUGGAAACUUCUUCUCAUCCUGCUGCUGUGUUUUUAUUGUUUAAUGUCUCUGUUUAUAAUAAUAAGUGGAGUGCAGUCACCAGGAUUUAUGAAGGCCUUAUAAAUAAAAUAAAUGACCUGUUUUGCAAGUAUCUUUAUGACCUUGUUAUUGUAUCUACAUUAUAAUCAAUCCAGUUCUUUUUGGCCACAUCAACUAUCUUAUAAAUCUGUGAUAUUAUAUUUGGUGCAACUCCUGCUGCCCUC